AGGGGGGUGUUAGUGGGCAGGCAUUGGGGGUGGGAGGGGGUAAAUAGACAACCUGUUUGCAGCUGCAUGCCAGACCUGGCAAGAGGAGAGGAAGGAACUUGGGUGGGAGAAACAGCUUCUAAAGGAGCAGGGAAGAGAUCUGCACACCAGACUUAUAAAUACAGGAACAAGAAUUGUAAAGGAAGAGGAACUGUAGGACAACAUGAAGGCCUCUCUGUUCCAGCCAGGCUUGCUGUUCCUACUCUUCCUUGUUCAGUUGCCCACCUCACAAGGACAGGCCAUCAACCCUGAAGCCCGGCAGCCACAACACUGCGAAGAAAGCCUCCCACUAGACUGUGAAGACGUUUAUGACCAAGGCUCUGAGACAGAUGGCGUGUACCUUAUUUAUCCCGCGGGCCCCAAUAUCCCUGUGCCUGUGUACUGCGACAUGACCACCGACGAUGGAAAAUGGACGGUUUUCCAGAAACGAUUCAAUGGUUCAAUCAGUUUCUUUCGGGGAUGGAAUGACUAUCGCUUUGGCUUUGGCAGAGCAGACAGUGAAUACUGGCUGGGGCUGCAAAAUAUCCACCUCCUGACCCUGAAGCAGAAGUAUGAACUACGUGUGGAGCUGGAGGACUUUGAGAACAGUACGGUCUUUGCCAGAUAUACAGACUUCUCACUGUCGCCACAAGCUAUCAGUGCAGAAGAGGAUGGCUACACACUGCAUGUGUCUGGCUUUAUUGAUGGGGGAGCAGGUGACUCAUUGACCUACCACAAUGGCCAGAAGUUCUCCACGUUCGACCGGGACCAAGACCUUUUUGUGCAGAACUGUGCAGCGCUGUCUUCGGGUGCCUGGUGGUUCAAGAGCUGUCAUGUUUCCAACCUGAAUGGCUUCUACCUUGGCGGGGCCCACCUCUCCUAUGCAAGUGGCAUUAACUGGGCCCAGUGGAAGGGCUUCUACUAUUCCCUCAAGAGAAGCGAGAUGAAAAUACGUCGUGUCUGAGAGAUGAGGUGGCCUCUCCCAUUCUUCCUUUCCAGUGGCCUUCCAAAGAUGAACCCUAUAUUGUGGAUAAGGUUGUGGAACUGGGAUUAAGCAGUUGGGGACUAGGGCUGUGAUGGAACUAAAGCUAUUGCCAACACAAACAAAUUUAACCUUGUCUCAAACUCAUGCUGUGCUAAAAUCUGUCUUCUAAUUGCUUGAAAAUUUCUUCCCCAGAGAAAUAUGCUUGCAUUUUUCUGCCUCUUUCUCAGUGCUCUUCAGAAAGUAUUUGCAGUUACGGUGAGCUGGGGUUGAGCUUACUUACUUUAUAAUUCAUUGCAAAGGUGACCAGUAGUGGGGUGGGCUUUUUUUGGUUUUAAUCAAUUUCUCCAGCACUCUGUGGCCCUCUUGCCUGCCUGAGCUUCCUGAUCUGAAAAAGCCACAUGGGAUGAGUUAUCUCAUGACUUCUUUCCUUGGGCUUCAGUCGAAGUGGAGGAAGCUGAGGAGGUUGGCUACCAACUGCAUGAAACUGGUCUGUCUUUUUACCUUGAAAUCAAAACGCAAUGCCACAACAUCCACACAUGGAUCACUUUAAAAAUAAAAUAAGAUGCUACUUUAAAAACAACAACCGCCAGGCAGCUAUCGUAGGCGUGGUAGACAACCUCCACAAUUUCUAGUGCUUUCAGGAAACGCCACCCAAGGAAGUCAUGAGAUGCUCAGGAAGUGCAGACUACAGAUUGCAGACCACCAGAGGGAUGUUUUGUAGAAAAGGAAGAAAUAGGCCACAUCAAAAGUCAUGAGUUCAACCAAACUCCCACACCACACCAAUAAAGAUUUCACCCAAAGUCUGAUCAUUUUCAAAUGCAAUUUCUUUUUACAAAAAACAAUCAUUUUUAAAAGAGCACAGCAUUGUUUCAAACCUGUUUAACUGCCAU